AUGCCCGUCUCUGAGUCUUUCCGUUCGGAUGGGUUUGUUGAACGAACCCAGGUGACACAUCCAGGAGUUGCAGGUCUGAGUCGAAAUUCAUCGACCGGCCCGAUUGCUAGUGGUCGAACCUUCGUCAAUUCGGCGUACAAGCAGAAUUUGACAAUUCGACCCUCAAUCGGUCAUCCGUCGUCACGUUCAGUGCCACUAAAGCACUUACAUCGGCGGCAAAUACCCGAUCAUGCACCAGAACGUCCGACAAAGAGUACUCUACGCCGCUGGAGACGUCAGCGGCUAGAGGUGCAUAUUACCAGUGGAAGUGGCAGUCGUAAAAAACCGCCCGCCUUGCAAUCGUCAGUUCGGUUAGCGACCCCUCAACAUGCUGUCGAGGAGCCAGUCGUUAUCGAACCACGCUCGUGUUUUUCGCCACGAGGCGAAAUAUCGGAAGGUUUCCCUGGAGAGUCCCCCGGUGCAAGGACCCCAGACCGUGUCAGUGUCGAAUACUAUUCUAAUUCUCGCCUGAUUCUGUACAAUGCCGUUCAAACUCUUUUGGAUGUCUUGUCUGAAUUGUACCCGGUCGAUCAACUGAAAAGUUGUGGUACAACUCAAGAUGAAAUAUGCGCAUGUGCUGUUCGUCUCUAUUCAGCCGAAUCAUUUCUCUAUAAACUGGUUAAUAACACAUUAAGAAACGAUGAUAUGAGCAAAGUUGACACAUUAGGACCAUUCUGUUGCUUGCUAAGGAAUCAUUUGGUUUCCUAUACUGAUGCUGAAGCGCUCACUGUUUAUCGCGGUGUGUUUCUCACCGACGAGAUGAUCAAAGAGUAUAAAGAAGCUAUUGAUCAACAUAUCAAAUUAUUGUCCUUUACGUCAACAUCGAGAGAUCGUUGUAUAGCCGAAAAAUUUGGUAAUACAUUAUUUAUUAUAAAGCUGAAAGCAGGUCGUGGACGCUAUGAAAAAGACAUUUCUUCUCUUUCACAGUAUCCCCAUGAACAAGAAGUGUUAUUAACAGCUGGGGAGCGUACAAUUCUAGUUGAGAAAGUUGAAUUCGAUUCAACUAGUGAAAAACAUUUAAUUUAUAUGUUAGCCUAG